CAUAAAAGAAAAGGAGGGAUUUUUGUGGGCUGAAGAAAAUCUAAGCAUGCAGGUGGAAGUGGAGGGUGAAGAUGGUUCCAAAUUGGCACUGGAAAAUGAUGAGAAAACUGUGUUUGGACGAGGUUGUGGAUUCAGCACUCACGACCGCACAGUUUCUCGUCGCCACGUGUGUUUCAAACUCCACCAUUCAGACUCAGUGGUUGCUGAUGCUAAUGCUAGGGUUUCGUUCGAAGUGAUGGGGAAGAACCCCUUUUGGGUGUACGACGGAGAAACGCUUCGGUUCUUCAGAAAGUUCGAGAAGGGUCACUUGCAACCCGGAGACCGUUUCUGUUUCUCUCCCAAUGCACCUCUCUGGUACUCCUUCACUCUCAGGAACAAGCAACCUCUUCCUCAGCUUAACCUUGACGAAAUUAACAUUUCGGAAAUCGAUCCCGUUAAAGAGCUUGGUUUUCUUGUGAUGGGGCACGAGUUUGACAACUAUCCUAAGGGGAUGAUUCGGAACGCGAAGAAUUGGGAGUGGUUCCUUGAGGAACAUAGAAAGGAUAGCGAAGAUGAGGAAGAUGAUAGUGAGAAGAAGAGGAAGAGAAUGAGGGGGAAACGAAAACUGGGUAAGGUAAACGAAGAUGAUGAGUGGACUGGUGAAAGUGACGAUGAUAAGGGCGUUGUUGUCAGUAUGCGGAAGAAGAAGCUGCCCAGGUACUCCACAAGGUCAAAAGAUGAUAAAGGAGGUAACAAAGAUACCAAAGCUAGUAAAAAUUCUAAAGGAAAGAAAACAGCUACUGAUGAAGAAGAUGAUGAAGAAGAAGAAGAUGAUGAUGAUGAGACACUGAGUGGAUUCAUUGUUGCUGAUAAAGAUGAUGAUGAUAAGGAGGGGGAAGAUGAAGAAGAAGAAGAGGAAGAGUUUGAAGAUGAUGAUGAUGAUGAAUUAGAUGAUUAAAGCCAAGUCUCAAUGAAACAAAUCCACACCAAAACAUGAAGCUGUGUUAUGAUACCGAUCAUUAUGCCAUGCUUGAUCUGUUCCAUCAAAUAGCACCUGAUCCACCCCACUGAUCUAUGAAAGACUGGAAUUGGAGCCUUGAAGAAGCUACUGAUUGUGGCCAAAUUCAACACCAACUCUGUCCUGAAGAUAAUAUAUAGUGCCAUGUAUGUACUUCUUGCCAUGUUAGGUCCAGUGAAGAGCAAGCAGAAGGUGACUGAACCAGAUUCAUGAUAUGGACACAACUUGGGCUGAAAAAGAGGAUGGACUCAUGAAUGAGUCCAACUUUUGUUUAAUAUAUAAUUAAGUAAUUGUGUUUUUACCUUUAUCACCACAAUUUCAGUAUACUAAAAGAAAAACAGAAAUAAAAUCCAAGAAAACUCCACUGCUGAAAAAAAUGUUUGUUUCAAACUAAAACCUGUGAUCCAAAUGUUCUUAAUCCUUCUUACAGUGUUUGGAUAUGUAGUUCUGGAGCUGCAUUAUUGUUAUGGACACAACUUGGCUAAUGAAGAAGAUGAACCCAUGAAUGAGUCCAACUUAGUGAAACAGGGAAGGAAUCCUAAAAGAAACGGUCAGAUCUCACCCAAAUCCAAAAAUUAUGUGAGAAUGUGAAUUCUGUUAUUUUUUAGCAUUUGACUCAUUCAUGGGUCCAUCCUUCUCAUCAGUUCAAGUUGUGUACAUAACAAUGAUAUAGUUUCAGAAUUUCAUAUUCAAAAAUUGUAAGAAGGAUUAAGAACAUUACAUCACAGGUUUAAUUUGGAACAAAUAUUUUCCCUUCAGAAGUGGAGUUUUCUUUUAUUUUAUUUCUUCUUCUUUUUCAGUAUAUUGAAAUUGUAGAGAAGUAUAUUGAAAUUGUAGAGAUAAAGGUAAAAACACAAUUACUUAACCUUUCUGAAGUUCUUCAAUCUGUAAUGAAAAGUUGAAGAAAAGUGCACUCUUUGAGUUUAGUGUACUGUAGAAUUGUACCUGUUUUCUUAUUUAAGAGAAUGAAAACUCAUCUAUGGAUUAUCCAUUAACUUA